AUGAAAUAUGAGUUCUCAUUACUCUGUGAAAUUGCAAACAAAUGUACCAUAGAUAUAGACAUUAUAGUAAGCUUGCUUAGGAGUUUGAGUGGAUGCUUUCAUUACAAAAUCUGUUUUCACCAGUUAAUAAUUUCUUGAUUUGAAAUAAUGCUGUAUAAUUCAUAAUAAUUAAUGGAAAAUAGACAUUCAAUUCUUGUAUUUUGAUAAAGCUUCAUAAAAUCUUAAAAAGGAAUUAAGAAUAGGAGAUACUAAGAUUUUAUGGAAGUGGGCAAAUUAUUGUAUUGGCAAUUUGGAGAAAUUUUAAUAGUACUUGUUUCCAGAAUAUUUAAGACAUAAGAAUUUAGACAGUUUUUUAAGGUAUAAUAUCAUAAUAGAAGAUAGAAAAUUGAACAUAUAUGAAUUCAAGAAGACAAACAAUAAUAGUGUGUUGGAAUUUAAACAUAAAUAUUUUAGAUGAGAUGGAAAGUAAAGAUUCUCCAUUAAGGAGGAUAAUUUUUG